ACGUUCAUCGCGCUCCGGACGUCCACCCGUGCCGUCGAUCGUUAUCGUUUCGUCUCGCGGUCACAUUUCAUAUUUCGCGGUCGAAACACGGCGGGCGGAAGAGAACGAGACGGAGGGAGAGAGAAAGAGGGGGAGAGAGAGAGAGGGAGAGAGAGAAAGGAUCCCUCGUUGUCGCUCGCUUUCGGUCAUUCGAGUCUCGCGUGUUCUUCUUCCUGCGAGAGUACUAAGAUUUUCGAACGGUGCGCUCCUCCUCCAGGGAACCGAGGCAGCCGGAUGAGAUUUCGCUUUUCGACGAUCGCGGCAACGUGUGCAUUUACGAGUGCGGACAAACGGCGAUAACGAGGGCACCGCCGGUCGGGAUUCAGUCAAUUGGUACCGCGCGUCGUCGUCGUCGUCGUCGUCGGUGAACGAUGAUAUUUAACUGCGAGCCGCGUGCCACACAGUGACAGCCGCGUUGGAGGAAAGGGAAGACCGGAAGGCCGUCAGACCGCAGACGUCGUACCAGAAGUCGGAGGAUGGUGGUGGUUUGAAAUCGGCGAGACGACACCGGGAAGGCGACGCACGUGAGAGCGACUCUCUGACAGACCCCCCCACACAAGGUGAAUAGACACAACGAUGGUAGAUACACAACAUUUUUGCCUGCGAUGGAACAAUUACCAGAGCAGCAUAACCUCGGCGUUUGAAAACCUCCGGGACGAUGAGGACUUCGUGGACGUGACGCUGGCCUGCGACGGCAAGAGCCUGAAAGCGCAUCGCGUCGUACUCUCCGCCUGUAGCCCGUACUUCAGAGAAUUGCUCAAGAGCACGCCGUGCAAGCACCCAGUGAUAGUGCUGCAGGAUGUAGCGUUCAGCGACUUGCAUGCCUUAGUGGAGUUUAUUUAUCACGGCGAGGUGAACGUGCAUCAGCGUUCGCUCAGUAGUUUUCUGAAGACGGCGGAGGUCCUCAGGGUAUCGGGCCUCACGCAACAAGCCGACCAGACCGACCGAGAUGAGCUGUCGCAUGUCCGCGCGUUGGCGGCCGGCGGCAAUCACCUGCCGUUCCACGACAAGUCGGAGGAGAGCUUUCCCCGCGGCGGCGGUUCGCCUACGCCCGUGACCCCGACGCCGACCACGGUGCAGCAACUGCUGCGCCGUGCCCAGAUACGUCGUAACGAGAGACGUACCCCGGACCCGCACGACGAGUCGGCGAAGAGACCGCGGGUGCCGUCGCCGCCGCUCAACAACAACGACGCUACGCCCACGGACUUCUCGAUGGUCAAGAACAACCACCUGUCGACGAAGGUGGAGGGCAACGGGGUGCACGACGAGAACAGCCUCGUCGAGGACAAUAUAAAGUGCGAGCCGUUGGAGCUGACCGGCGGCAACGGCGGCGGCAACGCCGGCAACAACGAGGACUCGUCGGACUCCGGGGCCGCGGCCUCGGACCGGCCGCCCGCGUCCGCGAGCAGCAACGAGCACGAGCCGGAGCCGGAGCACACGUCCGCGCAGAACUUCCUGCCCGAGAGCAAGCUCUUCACCUCGACGCCCGGCAGCUUCAACUUCAGUAUGGCGGCGCUCACCACCGAUCACACGCCGUUGUCAGUGAAAUUUCCAGGGUUGGGCCACGGCUUGCAGACACCGGACCUAGCGGGCACUUCGCAAGGUCCGCCCUCGGCGAUCCUCGCGAUGCGACUGUCGCACCCGUUACACGGUAGCCUGCUGCCACCGGGAAUCUGCUACACGUGCGACGUGUGCGGCAAGACUCUCUCCACGAAGCUCACCCUGAAACGGCACAAAGAGCAGCAGCACUUUCAGCCCUUGAACAGCGCGGUCUGCGGGCUGUGCCACAAGGUGUUCAGGACGCUCAAUAGCCUGAACAAUCACAAGAGCAUCUACCACCGUAGGCAGAAAUAGAAGUGAUUGCGUACGCGCGUGUCUUACGUGCCAAGAGACAUCACGAAACGAGCUUAAUAGACGCUAAAGAAAAAAAAAAGAAGAAAAAAACAAGGUCCCGCGCUGUUCGCGAUGGCCGGCCGUGCGAUCGACCGGGUCGCCGACAGCGCGGCCAGGGAGAAUCGUGCCGUUCUCUUUUCCGAUUUCUUGUUGUUUAGCCAAAAAGAAAGAGGGGGGAAAAAAUAACAAAACAAGAAAAGGGUAACAACAUCGAGUGUUCGGAAAGACGAGCGAUUUUUUCAGCCCGUUACUCGAUUCAUCGAUCCACAAAUCAUUACCGCGCGUAUUUAACACUGGACCGCAUACGGCCGUCUUGAUUUUGCUUGUUUAGUCUAUCGAAAUGCGUGAUCCUUUGAGAAUGUGUUACGUUGUUGUUUGUCGCCCAUGGUUUCGUAUUGAUGUAUUUUUCGCCGUGACAUUUUCUCGGCUGCGACGGCAUCGGAAUGUCGGAACCGAGAGAGCUACCGAGGGAGGGGGGGGGGGUGCAUAAUCGUCAAAAUAAUUCGUGGCGAUUUGCCAAUUCAAAGGAGGGUGGAGGGAAUUGAUACGAAGACCACGUGCGAAAAGUCGAUGCGAGAUGGGAAUCAGACGCGGAUACUUUUAGCGAUAGAAAUACGGCGAAAAAUUGAUACGAACCUCUUUGACGGACCGUCGACGUUUUGUACGAGUUGUCUCGAAACGCAAUUGUUACGUUAUUAUAUCGCUAGUACGGGAUUGUACAUCGGUACACAUAAUGGGUUUGACAUUUGGGACCAUGGGACACGUGGGAUCUGUGAAUUCUUUUAGCCACUCGAUCAUUCGCGGAAGAUGCGAUUAUCGGAAAACAACUCGGUCAUUCUUCUCGGUGACAAUAGGGGCUGCGUCGAAUGUCGCCAUUGUGUUCACGAUGUUUGUGCGCGUAUCCUUAAAAAAUCUUUCUCGUGUGUCUCACAGCCGCUCGGCAACAAUUUUUAUAAAAGGUAGGAAAAAAAGCACACGUCGGUUCGCGCGAGAAAUUAAUGCUUCCACAGAUGCGAGUGUACGUGGUAUAAUAUCGUUAUCAUUAUGCGCGAAACUGGAAAUCGAUAGGGGACUCUGGAUAUCGCGCCGUUAUUUUAUAUAUAUAUUGUAUAUACAUAUUCCCACUUUUUUAUUCCGUAAUUGGAUAUUAUGACGAGACGGUGAUAUUAACGUUGAUGUUCGCGCUCCCGAACUUUCGAGGAAGUUUUUAGGAUCUAAUUAGUUGACAAAGUUGUGAUGAAAAAGAAUGAGACUGAACGCGGGAGUGCAAUUGAGAUGAUUGAUAGGGUUGAGUUGCUUUCGAGUUGCUUCUAAUCGACGCGUAAUCCUCGAGGCGUGUGUUGUUAGCAAAUCGUUUAUUCUUCACUUUAUCGCACGUAAUUCACAGAAGCGGAUUACUUAGAUUUUGUACGUAAGAUUCGCGCACACAUCCACACAUGCACCCCCUCCCCAUACACACAUACACACACACACACACACACAUACACUGGCGUUUAUGGUUUACGGGACCCAGUGCCAAUGAAUUAAAAUAGAAGAAAAAAUAAUCUUAAUUAUAAUUAUUUGUACUUAUUUUUUUAGCGUACGCUUCUCAUAUGUUUCUUUUCUCUUUUCUUUUUUGUUAGUACCGUAGGAAUAUACAAAUGAUCGGUCGCACGGACGGGUCGCACAAUAGACUGGAUACAUGCGAACGCUGAUUUCGCGGAUUCACGCCGGUGUAUAAAAUCUCGUCGAGUGCAAUUUCCGACGCUAUAGAUGGCAGCGAUUAUCGCGAUUCGCGUCAAUUGUCGUGAUUUCUUUCGUGAAUGAAAACACAACAGGUCGUUCGGUAUAACAUAAAGAUUAGCCGCGAUUGUAGCUGCCUCGGUCUUGGAAUUAUUAGUGUGGGAUUUAAUUAUGCACGCACUUCGGCUAAAGGUACGGCAUUGUUUCGCGAUUACGGGGCGAGGUGAAUCGUUGUCGAAACCAUGUCAAGAGCGCUUAUUGGCUAUGAAACGCGAAUUAAUUUAAGCUUUAUUAGUUAGAUCGAUAAACGCGAGAAUGGGAUAUACUAUUUGAGGAAGGCUCUUCGUGCCAGAGACACGAUCGCCCGGCUAAGUAGUAGGUAGGAGCGUCUAAAAAUAAAUUUUGAUAAGACUGCAAGAGAGCGAGCCCCGAGAUAGGUGCGGCAUUCGCGAGAGUUUAAUUGUUUUGAUAUUAAAUAUUACUCGAUUUACAUGGUUCCGAUGGUUUAAGGAGAACGCGAUAUGAUUUCUUUAGAUGCGGAGGAGGGUAAUCGGAUUUUUUAAGGUCAGAAAUAUUCUUAUAUCGUCGCUUGAAUCGGGAAAAGUGAGAUGCAAUGGUUUAAUAUAUAUAUAUGUAUAAAAAUACAGACACAUAUACACAUAUAUUUUACCCUAAUAUAUUCAUUCCAUAUUAAAUGCUUUAGCGGGCUAUCCUAUAUAGACUUACAUUCGUUUUUACGAUACCUAACGAAUUUUACAUAAAGUACCUUACUUUGUUAUUACUAUUAAUUAUUAUUAUUAUUAUUAUUCAUAUUGUAUAUUGCAAUUAUUAUCAUUACUAUACCGAUUAUUAGUAUUGCUGUUAAUAUUGUUAUUAAUAUUAUUAUUGGUAUUACUACUAUUAUUCAUGCUCUUAUUUUGUUACGGCUGUUUCCGUUUUGCGACAUACUUGAUGAAAGCUCCGCUUUACAAUAUAUUUCAUAGACACACGCGCAGAUUACUCGACUUUCGUGGUAUCCGGCCGAAAAAUCAUCUCACUCUAUACAUUCCUUCUCGUCCAUUUUGCGUUUUACGGCACUUUGGAGCGCCGUCCUUCGUCGGUCGAAUAUCUCGAAUAGUCGCGACGCGUUUUCUUUCCCUUUUUUUUUAAAUUCUAACGGUAAUGUGACUUUGUCAAUUGUCCGAGAGCAAGUGGACGGGAAGAAUACGCGCGCUGUUAAUACCAAAAUAAUACAAGGGUUUAGAAAACGUCUGGAACUUUGCGAAAUUCCGGAUGUCUUUUUGACGCUUGUGUUAUCUAUGGAACCGAUGGAUCGCAUUCUAAGUGACUCACAAAUAGGAAGCCGUAUACAUGCGCACACCACAUCACAACCGUGAACGCUAUAUUUUAAUAGUAACUUUGAUGAUUCACGCUUGAUGGAAGAAAAAGCCUAUAUGACGACUGGGACAUCACAUUACACCGUUUUUGUGCCACGCGGAACAGCUAUAUCGCUGAUAGACAGGCUAGCAGGCAAGAGCUGACGAAUGCACGCGCGCAUCGGCCUAAAGCACGAUCGUUGUGUGGUUAGGUAACGAGAGAUACUCAUCUAUUUUUCUUGAGGACGUGGAGUGUAGAGUGUGCGGAAUGCGCGAAGUUGGGACACGAUGAGAGAUGGUCGAGAGCACAAUUGCGAGCGAAUGUGAGUCCACCAUGAUGCUGACGUGCGAGACUAGGUGCGCGAGACGCGAUCGGCGCGAUUACCGAUCGACGCGGUAAGUUAUUUGGCACUUUGGCGAAAUUGUGCGCGCGACGAGAUUGAUGCUACGUUAAAAUAUGUCGGGGUGUUUCGCGACGGUCGUUGAAAUGGGUCGAGUUGCAUUUUUAAGACUGGACUUUCUUGAACCCGGUGUUACAGUUUAAAGCGAAGUUGACUUACUACAGCGAGGCGUGAAAGGACUGGCGUCCCGUGUUAUUUCCGUUAAUGAAAUAGGUUUCCUAGUACGCAUUCAAAAUACAGACGGGAGUCGGGUAGGGCUGAAUAUCGAUAGUAGCCGAACCACGUUAGCUGCGGAGUGUAUCAAACGUGUGACUCACGCGUGGAGGAUGUCAGCGAAAACUAUAAUAAAAUUAGAUCGCGAUUACAGGAAGCGACCGGAGAGCGAGACUGCAUUAAGGCUGAACGAUCGCGAUAGGAGGCGAAGGGCCUGUGCGACAGCGUAAAUCGAGAUGCGGCCGAGGCUGCAGGAAUCGCAAUAAGACUCGCCGUACGACUGAACCGUAGGGUCCAAUUUGCGCGAUCAGGUCGAAAACGGGCCUUAUUUCCCACAUAGAACGUUACGUCCAUUAGACGCCCAUUGGACCUCCACAGCUGCACGGGACGCAUCUAAUGGAAGUCCAGUGAACGUGUGCAAUGCAGCAUUAUAUAUAUUUCUAGUGAAAGUUCAAUGUACGUCUAAUGGGAGUUCUGAAUAUUCACGAUAGACGUCUAACGGAUGUCUAUUAGAGGUUUUUCUUCUACGAUGGGUUGCGUUUCCUGUCCGCAGUAACACGAGCGCAUUUUAGCUGCUACUUAGUAAACACUUUCUUACUUUGUGCCGUGUUUCUUUUCUACCGAGGUCGAUUGGAUGGAACAAUCGCAGUUUCCUCUAUUGCCGCGUCGAUUUGUGCCCCGCAGACCUUUCGCGCCCUCUCGCCGAACGAACGACGAAUCGUGUAACUCGACAGUGGAUCGACCGGAAAAUAAUAACGCGCGGCGCGUGCAAACGAGUACGCGCUCGUGCAUAUAUAUUAUAUAUUUUUUUUUCUGAAAGUGUGCACAAAUAUCCGAAUGUAUCCGCGCGAAUUCGACUCGGGUGACGAACCGACGUUCACGGCGAUAUGUGACACGAACUCGUAUAUCGGUGCGUUUCACACUUCGACUCGUAUAGGCAAUCUUUGACGCAGGUGUACAUGCACGUUGAAUGCAUUUAUAGAUAGGCUAUGAUAUAAUUUAUGUUAAACUAUGUUUUAUGAAAUGCAUCUCGUUGCGCCGCACGUAUUUUCCGCCUCUCGCAUUAUAAUCCGGAUUAAUAAGUAUAUAUCUUUGGGGGCGCAUUCAAAUUGAAUGUACUUUGGGAUCGAUUAGUCAAUUGUUAUAAUACAUGGUAUGAAAUGUCGAUGCACGCGCAUCGUAGGAAGCGUCGACUUGUCGACUUUCCACGAGUCAGAUAAACGGACAAACGAAAAUUAUGGAUUGUAUUGUGUAUUAUAAGUAUAUUAAAUCAAUUGUGAGUCUUUCACAUUAACGACGGUUUGCGCGAAAGGAGACUAGAUUUUUUUAUACUCGGGGCAAUAAAUCCUGUACAUAUAUCGCGAGAACUUAAAAAAAAUAAAUAAAAAAUAAAACGUCAAGGGACCGUCUUGCUGCCGGUACAUUUCGACGGGCAUGCGAAAUUACGUGCGACGCGGAAUGCAUUAGCGCAGGUAAUUUGAAUAAGGAGAGAAGAUUACGUUGAGAGGUGAAACAAAGGCAAAAAGAUUGUUAAAUCGAGGGAACGGAGAGGAUGAGGAAGAAGAACGAAGCUUUAAAUUAAUGAGAAUAACGAACACAAGUUUUAUAGUGGUCAGGACAAGAAAAAGGACUGAUAUUGAUAAUAUUUAAAUUAGUAGAGUUAUUUGAAGAAAACGAAUUGACUACUGUAAAAAAAUGGCCAAAUAUAAUUGCGAAUAUAUAUCUAUAUAUAAAUAUAUAUAAAUAUAUAUAUACACAUGUAUAUUUAUAUGCGGGUGUGUGACGUGCCUGUGUAUGUUCGUGCAUUAUUUCACGCGUACGGAUGUUACGCACGUACACAUGUACGUGCACGCACACACAUGUAGAUAUAUCUGUCCUCCGAUCAGCGGUCGGUGCGAUAUUAUGCGAAUAAUAAAUUAUUAAUGAAAUUAAUGUAAAUUUUGACUGAAUAUUUAACUACAAUUUAUAUAUUAAUAGAGAUUUAUUUGAGCGUC